UGUUGUCAAAUUCAAUGGCUCCCUCAAAUUCAAGACAAUUCAACAAGCGAAAAUUAACGUUGAAGAAGAAAGCUCAGCAGCUGCAGACACUGAGCGAUGUCACGGUGUGCAUGGUGUGCUUCGACGCCGACGGCGACGUCACCACGUGGCCGGAGGACAAAUCUCAGGUUGAUGAAAAGAUCAUCAACUACAAAUUAGCUCAAGCCGGUGAGGGAUCAAAAGAGAAGCUCAAGAGUAACCUAAACCUUUUAGGUUUCUUGGACAGCAAGAAACGAAAAAUCCAGAAAUCAAAGAAGAAGGAUAUUGGGAAUUUGUUUGCAACGUGGGAAGCGAAUUUGAACAAAUUGCAGGAAAAGGAGCUGGUGGCUCUGUGUAAUUGCUUGGAGUUGAAGUUGUGGGGCGUAAGAGAGAAGAUUAAGGUGCUGACGAAAAUGAAGGAAAAGGGCAAAGCAAUUCAAGUUUACAAUAACAAUGGAGAUAACAGUGAGAAUUUUGUUCCUUGGGGAGGAAAUUGUAAUGAAAAUAUUGGUUUUGUGGGAGAGAGUAGUAAUUGUGAUAAGAUUUUGAAUCCUUUUGAUUCCAUGGUUUAUCAAACCCCAUUGCAUGAAGCUCUGCCGAUGUCCAUUAGGCAAUCCCCAUGGCCGUUCUGAAGCGAGUCAGCUUAGUGAUACAAUUUCAAGUGCA